AUGGAAGCGAAACGACAUUCUGAUGAUGAAGACGAAGACGGUCUCGAGCUGACUCAAGCCGAGCUAGCACAAGAUGAGCUCGACCGAAAGGAAGCCAUCGGACUGCUCCUACAGCACAUGUCCCCAGAGCAGAUGGACCGCUACGAGACCUACCGUACCUCUGGCUUAGCCAAGUCAGCCAUCAAACGACUCGUCGGCGUUGUCUGUCAACAGACAGUCUCGCCCAAUGUCAUCGUCGUCGUCCGUGGCUUCGCCAAGAUCUUUGUAGGCGAGAUCGUCGAAUUGGCGCUCAAGAUACAGCGUGACGCUGGCGCAAGUGGUCCGCUUGCGCCUGAUCAUAUUCGCGAGGCCUAUCGACAAUGGAACUAUGCAGCAGAUCAGCCUGGCAGCGACCGCAAGAAGCUAUUUGUGCGGUAG